UGCUGAGGAGUCCCCAGGUUGGGGCUGGAAAGGCGCGGAGGCAGGCGCGCGGCGGGCAGGCCUGGAGGGGGCGGGUUCACGUGGGCCUCGGGGCCUCCCGCCCUACCAGAGAAGAGGUCACGGCGUGAAGCCGCCGCUCCCGCUGCCGCUGCCGCCGCUACCGCCGCGAGGUCUGAACGCUGGUCUGCAGCCAUGGCCUACUGCCGGCAGGAAGGGAAGGAUCGAAUUAUAUUUGUGACCAAAGAAGACCAUGAAACUCCAAGCAAUGCAGAGCUGGUGGCUGACGAUCCCAAUGACCCAUACGAGGAGCAUGGAUUGAUCCUGCCCAACGGAGACAUUAACUGGAACUGCCCGUGCCUGGGGGGAAUGGCUAGUGGCCCCUGUGGGGAACAAUUCAAGUCAGCCUUUUCCUGCUUCCACUAUAGCACGGAGGAUCUCAAGGGAUCAGACUGUGUAGACCAGUUCCAGGCCAGGCAGGAAAGCAUGCAGAAGUACCCAGAACUCUAUCCCCAAGAUGAGGAAGAGGAGGAGGAGGAAGAGAAGAAGCCAGCAGAAGCUUUCGAAAAGGCAGCUCCCACUGAGGCCACUGCAACCAAAGAAGAGAAGGAGUCAAGCUAAUGAAGGCCAUGCUGCAGCACUGGCUCCAGGCCUUCCACUCAGAGUGAUAUGAACCUUUUGCAAAU